GCAAGUCGGUCAGUUGCAGCCAGUCGUCGACUGGUCGUGCCCGUCGAAUGGUCUCUCCCGCCGGACCCUGCCGACAGUGGGAAGGCCCACUUCGACACACGACACAAGCCACAGACGGCUGCACCAGAUCGUCAGAAGCCUGCCGCCGGCACCUGUCGCCGGGAGCUAUGAGUUGCAGCAGCCGCAGAGAACACUGUCCCUCAGAGUGGAAGUGAAAUUUAUGAAGAAAGGAAGCACGAAAUAAUGAAUGCUGAGGAAGGGAAGGGGAUGGGAAGGGGUGAGGAUGAAGAUGAAUGCGUGAGGAGGAGGAGGAUCGUCCGAGUGAGAUGAUCUUGGCACCAUUCCGGUCGAGAGGACGGCUACACAGGAGCUGCUCUGCAAAUGCUGCAGUUGUGACCGCCUGUUGGAUGGGAUUCUCCUCGGCUCUCUUUCCCGAGCCUUCCAGCUUGUUACGGUGAGAGGAAGAUUGGUUCUGCUGUCACGCAGUGGCUUUCUCGCUCUCAGAACAUAUCGGGAUCAGCAGGGAAGCGGUUUGGAUUUACAAAAACCGAAUUCUGUGGAGAAACAGACUUGAAGCAGUGAUCUUGAUUAGGAUUAGCAGUAGGAGGAAGAGAAAGAGGAAGGGUUGUUGAACCGAGGUUUAGAACGCGUGUAUGUUCAUUGUAAAACGCUGCAGCUUCAGGCGACUUGAUUCAGUCCCACGUUGUGAUGUGAAGCUCACAGUAGAUUAUUAUAAUCGCCAGGGGCGGGAAUUCAGAUGUAAGGUCAAGCCCACUUUGCUGAGAGGAAAGUGCUUGAAAGCAUACGUCUUGGCUCCUCUUGUGAGGCUUCGUGGUUGUGUUGCGAGUCAGAUAGACAACGGAUUUGUGAGGUCUUACUUUGAGCCUCGAUUCAGCAGCAUUGCGGGCAUAAUGACUUGGGCCUGCCCAAGAUGUACGUUUCUGAAUCAAGGAAAGAUUGCUGUGUGUAAUAUCUGCUCCUACGACAAUCCUCAGCCGGUUGAGGAUGCUGGUCCGGAAUGGUCUUGUCCUUCUUGCACAUAUUUGAAUCUGUUCGUUGAAUCUGCUUGUGAUAUGUGUAAUACCGCAAGACCGGAGCUAGACGAAUUGGAAAGGAAGGAUAUAGGAGAAAAUGGUCCAAGGCCUACGAGUAAAUUCAGGCCUCUACGAAGCAAUCAAAGAGGCAAGGCUGACAAGGAACAACUUUCUGAGGCCACAGAUUCUAAUGCAGCGACUCCGAUUAUUACUGAUCUGCAUUCUUUCCUGAAGCCAUCCGAUAUGCUCUCUCGAAAACGUAAGGCAGUAGACGACGAAGAUGGUUCCAAGGUCAGUGAUAUGGAGGGAUGUACAACAUCCAGGGACAGAAAUGCUACAGGAGAUGGGGAAUUGUCUAAUAACUUGCUUGGAGAACUACAUAUGGAGAGGAUGGCUAGACUCAACAACCUUAUGAAAAGCAGUCAGCAAACUUCUGCUGAAGCUUCUGGAAUGGCCUCGGAUUCCCAAAUGCGGAGGGGGUCAGAGAAAAGUGCACCCCCCAGUUCAACAAACAACACGGAUACUAUUGUUAUUUUGAGUUAUAAUGUGUGGUUUCGGGAGGACCUUGAGUUGCACGGAAGAAUGAAUGCCAUUGGAAAUAUCAUUCUGCAACAUCAGCCUCACGUGAUCUGCUUUCAGGAGGUGACUACCAAUAUAUAUAGCAUAUUUCAGAGGUCAAGUUGGUGGAAACUCUAUCAGUGUUCUGUUCCACCUGCUCAAUCAUCCAAGCGAGCGUAUUUUUGUAUGCAGAUGAUCAGAUUACCUGUUCUGAAUUUUCAUCGGAAUCCCUUCAAUAAUUCAGUAAUGGGACGAGAGCUGUGCAUGGCCGACAUGGAUGAUGGUCAUGGAGAACAACUUGUGGUUGCCACUUCACACUUAGAAAGCCCUUGUCCUGCACCACCGACAUGGAAUCAGAUGUUCAGUAAAGAACGAGUGGCCCAAGCCAAUGAGGCUUUAAAUUUUAUGAAAGAUAUGCCAAAUGUGGUUUUUGGUGGUGACAUGAACUGGGAUGACAAAACGGAUGGUGCACCUCCACUUCCUAAAGGAUGGUUUGAUCCAUGGUUGAAGCUUCACCCUACUCAGCCAGGGUUGACAUAUGACAGCAAAGCGAACUUGAUGCUCACUGGGAGUCGCCUGCAGAAACGAAUCGAUCGUUUUUUUUGUCAUCUACAAAACUUCAAAGUGGACAGUCUUGAGAUGGUUGGAACACAACCAAUUCCAGGUUUAACCUACCAAAAGGAGCGGAAGGUGAAGAGAGAAGUUCAGAUGCAAACUCUGCCAGUAUACCCAAGUGAUCACUUUGGCCUUCUUCUCAAGUUGCAGAGGCUUCAACCAUGAUCUCUUGUGAUCAAUAGCUUGAUUGCAAUGUAGGUAUUAUCCGUAGUCUUAAAAUACCGAGGGAUUGAAUCAAUUUUGUACAUGAGAAGAGGUUAGUGGUAGGAUUCUUGUAUGCGGUGAACUUCCUCCCGUUUUCAAUGGAAGCACUUCUAGGAUUCACCGGAAGUGUACAACGUUUUGAGAUGACUUGAUGGUCAUCAUUCUAUGAACAUUUGGGUGCAG